AAAUAUGUUAAAAAUACUACAUUAAACAAAAACAAUUUGAUUAAUCUUACUUACCGGUUUUUUUACAAAUCUUUUCAUUACAGCUAGCAACGUCGACCGGCGACCUUCACGACAAAACGUUUCAACUUCAUCUUCAUCAUCGCCCAGGCAGCAGCUAAAACAGCAAAAAAACGAUGAAAAAACUUCAUGGUUUAAUGGAAAUAAUUUUAAAACCACAACAACUACAACAAUUAAAAGUGUUUAAAAGCCAACAAAUAAUUUAAAAUUAAAUCACUUUCUAAAAUAUAAAAAAUUAUUGUUUUUUUGUGAAAAAUAAAAAUUAAUAUAGGAAAUUAAUUGCAAAAAAAUAUAAAAUUCUUUAAAAUAAAGUGGGUUGUUUUGAAUGAAAAUGAAAUCGUCGGUUAAAUUUGAAAAAUGCAUUAUCAACGAGGAAGACGAAGAUGAAACUCAUAAACGAUGUUACACAGGUCUCGUUAAUAAUGCCAUCAUAGUGAUAGUAAAGUGCAAAAGAUAUGUCUACACUAUGGUAACCUAAACGAAUUUUAAAGAAAUAAUAUUUUAAAUUUCAGACAAAUUGCAAAAAAGAAGAGAAAUAAAAAAACCGUAAAGAAAACAAUACAACCCAAAAGUUAAAAAAAGGAAAAAAAAGAAACGAAAAAUUUUAUGAUUUAUACAAAACAAGGUGUCAUAAUUUUAUGAAAUAAUAAAUAAAAAAACGUAAAGUGUCUAAAACAAGUUUAAUUUGGUGUAAAAUAACAAAAAAAUAUAUAUAAAUUAUUUAACAAUUUACACCAGCAAACGCGCGCGCGAAAAUAAAAAUUAAAAAUAAAAACGAAAAGUGGCAACUUUACAACAAGUGCAGCAAUUACAGCAACUACAACAGUGUUGCGUUUAUAACGACGCGAACAUUACAAGUUUUGGGGCGUUUUUUAAACUUUAAAGGCUUAAACGAAAGAGAUCAAGUAAUCAACAUUUUUGCUCAAUUAUGCGAAGAAAUCUGCGUUUAGAUUGGAGGGCUUUGGCGCUGCUGGGUGCCCUCCUAUCGAUUAUAAUCGAUUGGCCGGGUUUGGUAUAUGCAAUGCCAACAAUAUUGCCACCGGUGGCUGCUAUAACAGCAGAAGCUGCACCCACAGACACACUAAAUAUAAUUAAAAACGAUAAAAUAUUAAACUUUUAUACUCCUGCCGUUGCGAACGAUCAGACGCAUCAGACGCAACAGCAAAAGGACGAUAGUAAAAUGAAAAACGAAUUUAACAACAAUCAAAUGUUAAACGAAAAUUUGAAAAGUUUUUCAACAACAGCCACAGCGGAAACAACGGCAACGGAAACACCGCAACAGCCACAAUCACAGAAACAACGAUUAACGACGAUUAAUGAGAAGCAGCAGGUUAACGAAAACUAUAAUAGUAUUAGUGUUAAAGAAAUAAACGAUAAAGAACAACAACAACAGCAAGAAAAAAUAACUGCCAUUCAUAAAACAACAACAACACAGAAAUUACAAAAACAACAACAACAGCAAAACUCACAAGACGAAUCAGCCGCCGUAGAAAAGGUGUCAUUAUUAAAAAAUACUCAUACGAAAAACUCAACAAUUAACACGAUAAGUUUAACUAAGUCCACCACUAAAGAACCCACCAUCACUUCACCAACACCCUUUACAACAACAACAACAACUACACCUACACCAACCACCAUCUCUACCACCGAAUCAUCAGCGAAAAUACAAUCAACAUUAAUGCCCUCAAUCUUAGCUGAUCAAUCAGAUGAAGAUGUUGAACAGCAGCAAACUCCUAAAAAUAGUCAUUUAAAUAAAGAAAAUUUAAUAAAUAAUUUUAAAUUUUCAUCAUCUCAUCAUUUGGCUAUAUUGUCAAGAACUGAACGCAGUAUACGAUCUUCUUCAUCAUCAGCCUCAUCGGCUAAUGUUAGUUCAUCAAGUGGUAGUGGCAGCAGUAGUAGUAGCAGGGGAUCUGGUGGUGUUCUGGUGAGACGUUCAUCGGAUAUGAGUGUUUUGAAAACAAAAAGACUGAAUAAUUCUAGAAAUUUACAUCAUAAAAAUAAUUUGGAUCGUAAUGAACGUUCCACGGUAUCACAUCUAUCGGGACCAUCACGUAAAAUACAAUUGUAUAUUAAGAAUCGUUUCAUACAAUUGCUGCCCGAUGGUACAGUUAAUGGAACGCAAGAUGAGCAAUGUGACUACAGUAAGUAAAAUCGUAAAACAGAUGUUUAAACAUUUUCUUAAAGAGUAAGCUAAAGUUUAAUAAGUAAGUGGAAACCCUUUAAAUGUUGCAAACAAAACCGCUAAAUUAGCUUUAGCUUAAAACACUGCAAUUCACUAAGAAUUGUUAACACGAUGGAAGUCGAAGUCUUUUGUUUAUAUUACUAACUGCCCGUCUACACAAGCAAACUUUUUUUGGGAAACUUUUGAUUUUGUGUGUGAGGGAAAGAGAAAGAAAUAUCAUACAUCUCUCUCGUGGUAGGAAGUUUCUCGUACUCAGAGACUUGUUAUACCCUACACCACUUUAGUGGGGAGGGUAUAUUGGUUUGUUUUGGUUUGGUUUGUGCUGAUGUUUGUAACGCACAAUAAUAUUAGUCCUAUACCCACCUUAAAGUAUACCAAUCGGCUUAGAAUCAUUUUCUGAGUCGAUUUAGCUAUGUCCGUCCGUCCAUGUAGACCUUUAAUCAAACUACAGGUCGCAAUUUUGAAGAUAAUUCAAUGAAAUUUGGUACAUGAUCUUCUAUUGUCCCAGGGACAAAGCCUAUUGAAAAUGGUUAAGAUCGAUUCAUUAUUUCACCUAGCCCCCAUACAACUGAGCCCCUGAAUAGGGCUUGUAAACCUUGUAAUCAAACUACAGAUCGCAAUUUUCAUUCGUACAAAAACAAAUCAAUGCAAUUAAUACGUAGUUUCUGAAACAAAAGUUUCUAUGUGUAGACAUAAAGGAAUCUUUGAAAGAGAAUUAAGAAAAGGUUUCUCAACAAAAAUUUCCCAGUAUGGACCGCUACUAUGUUGCUAAAACCGCUAAAUUAGCUUUAACUUUUGACACUGCAAUUCACUAAGAAUUGCUUACACGCUGAAAGUUCAGUUGUUUUAUUUAUAGGUUACCAGACUGUUAUCCCACUUUAAAUGAUAAACAAAGAAUUUUAAAUUAUUUUUAACCAUUUGUAAACAAUAUAAACGUGCUUUUAACAUAAAGUUCCAAAAAAAGUACUCAAAAUUUUAUUAUUAUUUACAAUUUCUUUACAUUA